AACCACAUCACCGUUCGUUUUAAAAGUAACUUACCAAUUCAAACUGCUUGAAAUACUGAUAAAUAUAAUAUACAUUGAUCAGCAUAAUGACAGACGAAAAUUGGGCUGAGGCUGUGGACAAGCAAGAACAAUUAUCUAAAAAGGUUGAUACACUGCAUAUAAAUGCCAACAGUAAUUUAAACAAGAAAAAUGAAUCGCUUCCCCAGCUUGUGGAACCUACUGUUCCAGUAACUGAUGAAAAUUAUGAAAAACCAUUAACCCAUGAAGAAAGUGCUCUUCUCAAGAAACUUCUUCAUGAUAAGUUGAUACAGAGCAACCAGGAGCUACAAGUUCAACAACGAGAUCCUACGUCACCACUAUUCUCUGCCAAGUCAUUUGAAGAGCUCAACUUAAAGGAAGAACUUGUUCAGGGAAUCUUUGCCAUGGGAUUUAAUAGGCCUUCAAAAAUACAGGAAACAGCUCUUCCAUUGCUUGUAUGUAACCCACCACAAAACAUGAUUGCACAGUCACAGUCUGGAACCGGCAAAACUGCAGCGUUCGUUCUGACCAUGCUGAGUAGAAUAAAUAUUGAAAACAAAUAUCCACAAUGCGUGUGUCUAUCCCCCACAUACGAGCUUGCUUUACAAACUGGAAAAGCUGUUGAGCAAAUGGGAAAAUAUCUAAAAGGACUUCAAGUUGCCUAUGCUAUUCGCGGAAAUCAAGUUCAACGAAAUACCAACAUUCCUGCUCAGAUUGUUAUUGGAACCCCGGGAACAAUGUUAGAUUGGACAAGGAAGCGGGUAUUUGAUCUUGGGAAAGUUGAAGUCUUUGUUUUGGAUGAAGCAGAUGUUAUGAUAGAUACUCAGGGAUUUAAAGAUCAAUCCAUACGAAUACAAAGGCAACUUUCUAAUAAAUGUCAGCUGCUUUUGUUCAGUGCUACUUAUGAUGAACAAGUUAUGAGAUUUGCAGAGCAAAUUGUUCAUCAUCCCAAUAUUAUUAAGCUAAGAAGGAAUGAAGAAACUCUUGAAAACAUCAAGCAGUAUUAUGUCAAGUGCAGCACAAUAGAAAAAAAAUACGAGUCCAUAAUUAAUUUGUAUGGUGUCUUGUCUGUGGGGCAAGCAAUCAUAUUUUGCCAUACAAGAAAAACAGCUGCAUGGCUUGCUAAAAGAAUGUGCGAAGAUAAACAUAUCGUUGCAUUGUUGAGUGGAGAGCUGGAUGUAUCACAAAGAGCAGCUGUUUUAAGACGGUUUAAGGAGGCAAAGGAGCGAGUUCUGGUGACAACCAAUGUUUGUUCUCGUGGCAUUGAUGUUGAGCAGGUGACACUUGUCAUUAAUUUUGACCUGCCAGUGGAUUAUAACCGACGACCUGAUUGUGAAACAUAUCUACAUCGUAUCGGUCGUACUGGUCGCUUUGGAAAAACUGGCGUUGCAAUAAACUUUGUAGCUCAUGAUCAGGACAUGAGAAUUCUAAUGGAGAUUCAGGAUCACUUUGGAAUAAAGAUAACAAACCUGGACACUGGAAAUCAUGCAGAUAUGGAAGAGAAGUUGGGAGAAGAGGACUGAAUAUAUAUAAAAAAACAAAUAUGACAUUGAAUUUACUGCUGUCAUAGUGCCACGUUCAGCGGCAUUUUUCUUACUUCUGGAUAUUCAAGGAUCACUGCUAUUCUUUUAAAGUUCACUACUUUUGAUACUGAUUUCCAGCAGUGAACGCACAUUUCCAACAAUUUCGUUACAAGUGUAAUUAAAAAUACAUUUCACUAACCUAAUGGUGAUAUUGAAA